CGCGGCCCCAGGGUGUCCCGGAGCUGCUGGGGGAGCGGCCAGGGCGCGCGGGCCCUGCCCCGUCGGAACGGCGUCUCGCUUGGCGGCCCGCUGGCGGCCCUCGUUUAGGCGGACUGGGUCCCCCGGGGGAGAGGCGGGCGUGGCAGUGUGGCCGCAGGAGCAGAGGUCACCCGGGGGAGCGAAGGUCCUGCGGGGCGAGCGCCCGGUCAGCAGUCCUCCGGGACCGGGGCCUCGCGCGCCGGCGCCCCGGGUGUGGAUGCGGGGAGCGUCCCUACGAAGGCUGCGGGCCGCUGCCGCUGUAGCAGCCAGCUCCGUCGCCAGUGAGCAGGGCGCCGCUGCCCGCUCGGCACUUCCUCCCCGGCGGGGUCGCGGCCAGCUCAGGCCCACAGAGGGCCGGGUACUCAUGGCCCGGCCACACCUCAGGGAGUCAGAGGCCAGGGCCCUGGCCGUGGGGACGCUGGCAACUUCGUGUCGUUUGGUGGCCCCACAUCACACCCGGAAGCACCCCUGGCCCACAGGUGUGGCCCCCAGCUCAUGGGGUCUCUUGGCAUAGGCACCUUCAGGGGGCUCUACCUGUCCCCGUCCCCGUCCCCAUCCCCAUCCUUGUCAUCGAAAGAACCGAAGGGACGAUGGGGCUGUGCUAGCAGCACCCCAAGGGUGGGUCUCGUGUCCCUGCGCCUGGCUUGGCUGCUUCCGUGGCCCCGCGGGCCGUGGACGCCCACCCAGGCCCCAGGAGCACACAGCCUAGAGCUCUGCCUCCAUGGUUCUCUCCGAGCAGGUGGUCCUUCCCCCGCGCACCCCCGGCCCGGAGGCCACAGCACAGGUGUGCUAGGGCAGGGGCCACGCGUCCAGGGGACAGGGAUGAUCAGCGAGCAUCGAAGGAGUCCCAGCAGCCUCCUGUUCCCCAGAGCCCGGCGGGAGGCUGCAUUCUCCUCUGCGCCAGCGGGACGACGGCCAGAAUUGAUGCCACGCGAGCGGGCCGUGCUGGGCCCCGAGCUGCAGUGUGGCCAGCGGUGCGUGGGGUGCAGGGAAGGAGCCGUCAAGCUUCUCGGGGGCAGAGCAGAUGAGGCUCUGGCUCCCCAACAGGUCUAGGGGUGGGACCACAAUGUGCUUCCCCAUUCUGAACUAGGAAAUGACAUGCCCCCAAGGCAAGGUCAUCAUGCCGGAAACCGCCCUUCAUCUGUGACUGCAUUUGGGGGCACAGCGGGAAGAAGCCUUCGAAGUCCCCGUGCAGCCCCUGGAUGGCAGGCUCCUGGGCCUGGGGCAGCCGCGGGCAUCUCCCACACACGCUCCGUGUCUCCUGUUUGCUCAGUGCUUUUUCUGUUCUGAUUUUAGUUAGAACGAGCCUGUGAUGGAUGUGGGACUCUUCUCAAUUGCUCUUUAAAUUGUCACUUUUUAAAUCUUAUUAAAUGAAGUGUCGAUUCCUGACAAAUAA